AUGGAGGCUCAAGCAGUGUUUGGAAGGUCUUGUGUUUACUCAUCACUGUCUUCUCUUCACUCACCAGCAAAAAAACAUGGCAGUUUAUCAUACACCGCCUCCCACAAGCUUAUCUCAUGCACCACCCGCCGCCGCCGCCUAGCAGCAUUCCAAUCACCAUCCCAUCUUUUCGCAUAUUCCCCGUCCCGUCCUCAUGCCCUCAAGAAACACCACAAACCCCACAUAUUCCUUCCCCACUUGAUUGCUUCUAUGGAAGAAGUGGAAGAGACUUACAUUAUGAUUAAACCGGAUGGUGUUCAACGUAGCCUGGUUGGAGAAAUAAUUUCUAGGUUUGAGAAGAAGGGGUUUAAGCUAUCUGGCUUGAAGCUUUUCCAGUGCCCCAAAGAUUUGGCUGAGGAGCACUAUAAGGAUCUCAAGUCAAAGCCAUUCUUUCCUAAACUUAUUGAUUACAUUACAUCCGGGCCUGUAGUGUGUAUGGCUUGGGAGGGCGUCGGUGUGGUUGCAUCAGCUCGUAAGUUAAUUGGGGUGACAAACCCUCUUCAAGCUGAACCAGGCACAAUCAGGGGAGAUCUUGCUGUUCAAACUGGAAGGAAUGUGGUUCAUGGGAGUGAUAGCCCCGAGAAUGGCACGCGUGAAAUAGGUAAAAGCUGUUGUUUCUCUACUAACACAGAUUCAGUAGAAUGUGGCCCCAAAUCUUUCUGUUUAGAAUGA